GAAAUCUGAGCCGCUGUAGCAUUCAGUCGCCUGAUCUGCGGGUUUAGCAGGGAUCGAGUGGCAGGAGAACGAUGCGUGCGUGAGAGGGAGCGGCUAGGGGAGGGGCUGUGGGUGCUUCUCAUUUGGCGUGAAGCAGAGAUCGGGAGGGAGCUAGAGGGGAGGCCUGCUCGUGCGACUCCAGAGGCGGACGGAAGAGGGAAGAUCGAGCGGAUCUCACGCAUAGAAAUAAAGUUAGCAGCUGAUCAUCCACAUUUGGCGCCGAAUCAUGGCCUCUAUUUUCUUCCAAGGGAUAAGAAGCAACCAAUUGAUAGUGUACCCAUUAGCUCACUUUAGCAGAAUACAAACUGCUGUUUACUGCACAUUGCAAAGGCCACAAGGUCAGGCAAGGCCACAGGAAGUUAGCUUCCAAGAACAGCGGAAAGUCCAACAAACCUCUUCUCAAACCACGACAAGAAAACCACUUGAGCAGAAUAUGCAAGGAUAUGAGGCAAUAAUCGGCAUAGAGACGCAUGUUCAGUUGUCAACAGUCACGAAAGCAUUUUGCAGCUGCCCUUAUUUCUAUGGUUCUCCACCCAACACCACCAUUUGCCCAGUUUGCAUGGGUCUUCCAGGAACUCUACCGGUUUUAAAUUCCAAGGUUGUGGAUUUUGCUGUAAAAUUAGCUCUUGCACUCAAUUGUGAAUUGUCUGUGACGUCAAAGUUUGACAGGAAACAAUACUUCUAUCCUGACUUGCCAAAGGGCUACCAGAUAUCACAAUUUGACAUUCCUAUAGCAACCAAAGGAUUUAUUGAUUUGGAUCUUCCUGUAGAGUUUGGCGGUGGGCACAAAAGAUUUGGAAUAACAAGGGUUCAUAUGGAAGAAGAUGCUGGAAAGUUGCUCCACUCAGAUAGUGGGAGUUAUUCCCAUGUGGAUCUUAAUAGAGCAGGGGUCCCUUUGCUAGAGAUUGUUUCAGAACCUGAUAUGAGAAGUGGAUUGGAAGCUGCAGAGUAUGCGGCUGAGUUACAGAGGCUUGUUAGAUAUCUGGGGGUGAGCAAUGGAAAUAUGCAGGAAGGUUCCCUUCGUUGUGAUGUAAAUGUUUCUAUAAGACCAAGGGGUCAAUUAGAAUUGGGAACGAAGGUUGAGAUAAAGAACAUGAACUCAUUUUCUGCUAUGAACAGGGCAAUUGAUUAUGAGAUAUCGAGACAAUUUCUUCUUCAUAGUCAAGGUCAAAGUGAUCAGAUUGUUCAGGAAACUCGACUUUGGGAAGAAGGGUAUCAGAAAACAGUAACAAUGCGCAAAAAAGAAGGGCUAGCUGAUUAUAGAUAUUUCCCUGAGCCUGAUCUUCCUGAAGUUGUUGUGACUGAGGAUUAUAUAGAAAAUAUUCGGAGUUCACUUCCUGAACUUCCAGAAUUGAAGCGCAGGCGCUAUGAGAAGAUGGGCUUAAGCAUGCAAGAUGUGCUCUUCCUUGCUGAUGAUAUCAGUGUGGCAAACUUUUUUGAUUCCACACUUGAAAAUGGAGCUGAAGCAAAGUUGGCAGCAAAUUGGAUCAUGGGUGAUAUUGCAGCUUACCUCAAAAACGAACACCUGUCUAUUGAUGAGGUUAAAUUGACACCACAGGAGCUUGCUGAGCUUAUAUCUUCAAUAAAAGGUGGAAUCAUAAGUGGCAAGAUUGGAAAAGAGAUACUUUUUGAGCUUAUAACCAAAGGAGGAACCGUCCAAAAAAUAAUAGAAGAAAAGGAUCUUGUUCAGAUAGUAGAUCCAGGUGCUAUUGAAGCAAUGGUGGAUAAGAUUCUGGAGGAGAAUCCAAAGCAACUUCAACAGUAUCGCGGAGGGAAAACUAAGCUGCAAGGCUUUUUUGCUGGCCAGGUCAUGAAGGAGUCGAAAGGCAAGGCAAAUCCAACGCUCUUAAAUAAGAUUCUUUCAGAAAAAUUGAAUGCCAACAGUAAAUAAAGAAAAGGUCGGCAUCUUUUUUGCAUUGAAAAUUGAUGAAAAAUAUGAUUGAUAGUUUUGUACUGGUUUUUUGCUGAUACUAGUAAGGAGAUGAUGAAGGCCAGAGAGGCUUAAAAAAGCUUAAUGGUUCAGAAGUACAGAUACUUGCAGACUUGUCAGGUUUCAUUGCUUGUAAUCUCAAUAUGAUUCUUCAGUGCAGUAUUUUACUGAUACUGGUAUGUAAUUUUAACAUUAAACUGAUAAUUAAUAUAAAUUGCUUUUCAGAGUUUCCUUUAAUAAA